AGGAGGAGGAGGAAGAGGCCCCCCUCAGCGCCGCCGGAGAGCGGGGGCCCGGCGGCAAAGGAGGACGAGCGGCCGCGGCGCGCGCGCUGCAGCAGGAGACGGCAAAGAGGACCGAGCCGCAAUGAGGAGCUGCGGGCUGUAGGAGGGAAGGAGGUCGCGCCCACUGAAAAUGCCUCUAAGGGACAAGUGCUGUCAGACGGACCACCAUCACCAUGGAUGCUGCCAACCAGUAUAUAUCCUGGAACCUGGAGAUCCACCCUUGUUGCAGCAGCCACUUCAGACGUCAAAAUCUGGGAUUCAGCAAAUUAUUGAAUGCUUCCGAUCAGGAACAAAGCAACUUAAACACAUUUUGUUAAAAGAUGUGGACACUAUUUUUGAAUGUAAAUUAUGCCGCAGUCUCUUCCGAGGAUUACCAAAUUUAAUUACGCAUAAAAAGUUCUACUGCCCUCCAAGUCUCCAGAUGGAUGACAACCUGCCAGAUGUCAAUGACAAACAAAGCCAAGCCAUAAGUGAUCUCCUAGAAGCCAUUUAUCCAAGGGUGGACAAGCGAGAAUACAUCAUCAAGCUAGAACCGAUAGAAACAAAUCAAAACGCGGUGUUUCAGUACAUUUCAAGGACCGAUAACCCAGUCGUGGUCACAGAGUCAAGUGGCACUCCCGAUCAAACCCACGUCUCAACACAAGAACCUAGCAGUGAGCAGUCCAAAACAACUCCACCCCCAGAAGCUGAGGCAGAAAUUGUGGAGGCUCCUCCGCUGGAGGCGGUUGCCAGCGAAGUGACACCUGCCUCCGAGGAAAAGCCUCAGGAAUCGCACCCUGACCUGGAAACUUCUGAUAAUUCCAAUUUGGGCCACCAGUUGAUUUGCUGUCUUUGCAGAAAAGAGUUCAACUCACGCCGCAGUGUGCGUCGGCACAUCAGAAAAGUUCACAAGAAAAAAAUGGAAGAACUAAAGAAAUUCAUUGAAACACGAAAGACUCCAAACAAGUCCUCCGCUAAAGGGCGCAACAAGAAUGUCCUAGUCCCGCUAAGUAGAAGUUGUCCAGUGUGCUGUAAAUCGUUCGCUACAAAAGCGAACGUUCGGAGGCAUUUUGAUGAAGUUCAUCGAGGACUGAGGAGGGAUUCAAUUACUCCUGAUAUAGCUACAAAGCCGGGGCAGCCUUUGUUCCUGGAUACUGUUUCUCCUAAAAAAUCUUUUAAGACGCGAAAACAAAAGUUGUCUUCAAAGGCUGAAUACAAUUUAACUGCAUGCAAAUGCCUUCUUUGCAAGAGGAAAUACAGUUCACAAAUAAUGCUUAAAAGACAUAUGCAAAUUGUCCACAAGAUAACUCUUUCUGGAACAAACUCGAAGAAAGAGAAGGGGCCUAACAACACUGCUAACAGCACAGAAAUGAAAGUAAAAGUUGAACCAGCAGAUUCCAUAGAACCUUCACCCCCUUCCAUUCCCCAUUCUCCACAGAAUGAAUCAAAGGGAACAAAUCAUUCAAAUGAGAAAAAGAACACACCGGCAGCCCAGAAAAAUAAAGUUAAGAAAGUCUCUGACAGCCUUAAAUCAACCAGUCCUCAUGCUGCAGGUGGCCAGCCGAAAACCAGGAAACCAAAACUCUCAGCUGGCUUUGACUUCAAGCAGCUUUACUGUAAACUUUAUGCAAUAAAUGCGGAAAGGCAUUUGCCAAAAAGACUUACCUCGAGCAUCAUAAGAAAACGCAUAAGGCAAAUGCUUCUAAUACACCCGAAGGAAAUAAAACCAAAGGCCGAAGUACAAGAUCUAAGGCUCUUGUCUGAUAACUUCCAAGUGGUGCACGAAAAGGUUUGGAGUUCAUAUGUGUGGAAAGAUUUUAAAUUGGUGUUAGAACCACUAACGUCUUCAGAUGGUACUAUGAGAAAAAACUAAUUUUCCUAAAUAUUUGAAUUACUGCUGUUUUUUGACUAAAUGAAUAACCAUUCUGACUACUUGUUUUUAAGGCAGUGCCUCUUCCAACACUUUCAAGUAGCUGUGAAGUUAUCCUAUACUCUGUCCAUCGUAAUCUAAUGUGUUAACCAUCCUUGAACUUGGCCUACAGAUUCAUCACAUUGUACUUUAUAAAAGGGAAAUAUGUAAAAUUAGGCUUUCCCCAGAAGAGGAACCAAAGCUUUUUUAAUUCAGCCAAUCUACAGUUUAAGGAAGAUAACACAGUUGGGGCUGAUAAUUCUAAAAAAAAAAAAUGUCUGUUACGUUAACAGUAGCUCAUGUUCCAUUUUAUUUGUCAACUCCACCACUCCGAUUUUCAGUAUGAUUUCAGAUUUUUCUCCAAUGAAUGGGUGUAUGCCGAAAACAGCCUAUUACAAUGUAAAAGGACUGAAGUCUGCUAAAUAUUUAUAUUUGUCCUCACAACAGUUCAUGUCCAACUAAUUUCCCAGCUCUUGAGUGUAGUGAAAGCUUAACUGUACAAGUUACUGUAGAGAUCUCCAGAUCAUUUUCAUGCAUGGAUCAUAGUAUCACCUUUUAUUUGUAAACACAGGAGAUGUUUAUAAAAAUUAUACAUUCCCCUAUUUUUUCUUUAAAUUUUCUACACAAGCACUUUAAUGAUAGAUGCAACUUAAUUUUUCAGUUUCUAUUUUUUUAAGGACAACACAUUUACUAAUGUUAAUAUGAAGGUAGUAAAUAUCUUACGGAUAUUUUAAUAGAUACAGACAAUCCAUGCACAACCACUUCUUAUGAUGCUAGUUUUAUUUCUUUAAAUAAUACUUCAACAGGGAAGAUGGAGGGGGUAAUCCCAGGAUAUUUUUUCUCUCUCAAAUGACCACUUUAGAUAGCAUUUGAUAUUUACUAUAGAAUUUGCGAAAUGAUAAAUUCCUGUCCAUUUUGUAAUAAAUCCCAAUUUUAGCAAAAACACAAGCACACCUCCCAUCAUUAAAAUUUUGGCAGGUUUCUGUGUGUCAAUAUUUUGUACUUUUAGAAAAUAUCAUUUUGUUUUUAGUGAUUUGUGUCAAAAUUACCACAAUUUGAAAAGGUACACCAGAAAUAUCCCAUGUUUUUAUAUAGGUUUGCUCCUUUGCUGAGGAGGAACCCUGUUUCCCUAUAUAUACUUUUUGUAUAAAACCUAAAAAUGUUGACGAUAACAAGGUCAUAAAAAUGAAAUGCUUCUCUAGCUAGAAAAACGUUUAGCCUUCCUAGUGCUUUGCACUGAAAUAUACUGUGAAAGGAAACUAGAAAGACUGUAACUGUUGCUGGAAAUGUUCUAUACUGAAUGUACAUGCUCUUGUUUGGAUAAAUGUACUGUAUGUGAUGGAAAUAAACCAGACUGGAAGUCA